AUGAAUACCAACAACAAUCAUCAAUCGCUCACCAUGCUUCUCAUGGACAACAACAACAACAACAACGCCACUCCAGGAGCUGACCAUACUAGUAACAAUAGUACAAUCAACAAUUCUUUGAUAUUGAAUCAUUCGUCUGCAUCAUCAGUCCUCAAUAAUCAAAGUUCCAUGAUGGUUGACUCAAAUCUCGUCAUGCAAAUGAUGCGACUCAUGAUGAAUGAACCACCGUCCUCUUCUUCGAAUACUGGUAGUGGAACCAAUAACAACAAUUCAUCAUCCUCGAACCUUCUUCAACAUGCAUCACCAUUACAACAAGGAGGAUUCUCCAUGUCGUCCAAUCAUCAUCAUUCCUCGCCAACACUUUGUUCUCAAGCGACACCGCCACCACCACUAUUGGAUGUUUCUCAAUUUCAACAACAAUUGGCUCAAGUCAUGGCUGUUUGUUCAUCUUCUUCACAGCAACAACAGCAGCAGCCACAGACUCAACAAGCACUCUCCAUCCUAAUGAUGGCCAAUAAUAGUGGUAAUCAUAAUAGUGUAAUGAAUGGUCCUACUUCUCAACCUCCAUCCUCACAUACAACUUCACCCAAUCCGAACACUACUACCCUUUCUGGUGGUUCGACUCCAAUGCCAUGCACAGAAUGGAGCGCGCCUUCUCAUUUACAACAAGCGUGUUUGAUGGCGGCAAAAAAUAAUGACCCGAAUGCAGCUGCAGCCUUGUUGCAACAACUCUUGAUGGCCAAUGGGAAUCUUACUCCGAAUCAUAUUCGAGGAACAGGAGCAGGAGGAGGUGCUUCUGUGGUGGGUGGUGGUGUUGGUAGCAACUCGGAUCCUACUACGGUCUUGAUUUCUCCAAACAAGCAGCAGGCGCGGUUGAAUACAACUACUCCCAAUCAUCUCCAAGUACCAUCUCAACAACAACCAUCCAUGGUUGAAAGUCCAGGAAGUUUGAGCUCCAUGACUGAGAUGGAACAAACGGCGAAUAGUAUUCAUGUAUUUAUCAAGAAAGGUUUCCCACCAAGAAAGAAGGGCAAUCAUUUGACCUCGGAACAACCUUGGCAUCGAUUGGCCAAUCCACAGAGCAUUCAUACUCAGUCUCCCAAUGUUGGAUCGCAACUUUCCAAAUUGUCAGAAAAAUCGACAUGUAAAAUUGGAACGGAUUGCUACUAUUACUUGUUAUUGGUACUGCCAAGUAAAUAUUAUAGUCUUUCAGACUUGGAAUUUCAACUCGAGGAAGAAACAAAGGAUGACAACGAGUCGCUUUCGAAGGCUUCCAAGAAAAAAGCUUCACCUAAAAAAAAGAACACGCAACCACAUGUGGAGAUGAAGAUACGAGGAAAGGAUCUUUCUGCAACGACCAAGUUUAUGGGAAAUGGUCACAGGAAUGGUCUGCCACAACAUGCUUCUCCCUCCACAGAUUCAGCGAACUCGAACAUUAUUGCAAUUUUUGAAAUUUUGGCCAACAAGAAGAAAAAUAAGGCAAAGGGCGACAUUUACUACAAUGCUUUACUGAAAUGCAAGAAGGAAAAACUUGUCACCAUGUACAUUGACAUUCAUUCAUCAUGUGAAACUGCUAAUCAUGACUUGGAAGAGAGUAGUGAUGUGUUAGACUUGUCCAACAACCAUGAAGCAGCCUCAUCUGACAGCACCUCAACGUCUACCAUCAAAAAGAGAAAGAAAAACGACGAUGAGAAUGAAAUGGAAGAUGAUGACGAUGAUGAAAAUGCUACCUCUGAAGUUGGCCAACCACAAGCAGAAAGCUCACGAAAACGUUCCAAGUCCUCAUCCAUUCCAUUACAAAAUGUCAUGAAAGAAAAGGCAGCACAUCCACCAACACUAUUCGAUCAACUCAAACAAUGGAUUAUUGUGACAGUAUUUCAUCAGAGCAUUACUGUGGACUUGUCCAAAUUUCCAAAUUUUGCAUUCCCUAAAGAGUUGUCACCCAAUGAACAAUUCUUGCUCUACGUAGACGUUCCAACACAAUUGUCUGAGAAUCAUGAUAUUUGUUUCAAAAUUCUUGAUUUCCACACUCAACAAGAGUUGACAUUUGCAGGAGAGCAAUGGAUUGACACCAAUGUUGUCAAUUGUUGUAAUUUCAAUAUUCAAGCUUCAUUAAUGUCCCUCCAUGUAGAAUAUGCCAUCUCGUUUAGAGACAUUAAUCAUGAUCGACCACUUGUAUUUAUUGUGGCACUUAAGGAUAAAAAGACAGAGGUUGAGAGAAUUAUCUAUAAUGGAACACCUUUCAAUAUCAAGAGAAGUGUCUCACAGGAAAUUGAUUGUAUUGAUGAAUUGGGAAUUUCUGCAAUUCAAUGUCCUGGAUUUGAUGCUUCUACAAUUGAAAACAGCACUAUUGCUGAAAUAUUUGAUGAAAUUCCAACUGUGAAUGGAACCAGUGGCACCGCCAAUUCCGACUCGUUUUUCGCAUCAUUUAACAUGGUCUCUGAAUCUGAGAAUAUUUUAGAGGAUGAGUUUGAGAGUUUGUUUGGUCAAUGA